GUCAUGAAAAUGGCGCUGGCCGCUCGUCUGUUACCCCAAUUGCUGAACUCUCGGUCGCUGCCCUGCGGGGCCGCCCGACUCCGGACUCCCGGUGCGGCCGAGGUGAGGCUGCCGUCGGCCGGACUUUGCUACCUUUGCCGAUGUCGCCUCGGCUCGGGAGUGGCCUCAUUUCCCCGAAGGGCUUGGGCCUCCGCGGCCUCGGUGCUACCUGCCCAGGGCUCCUGGCAGCCAGUGCUCAGCCGCCCGGGACUCCCCAUAGCCUUCGCUUCUUUCCCUGCCUGCCCUCGGCGCAGCUACAGCACGAAGGAGAAGCCCCAGCAGCACCAGAAAACCAAGAUGAUCGUCCUGGGAUUCGCCAACCCCAUCAACUGGGUUAGGACUCGAAUUUACGCCUUCCUUAUCUGGGCCUAUUUCGACAAAGAGUUCAACAUCGCAGAGUUCUCUGAGGGAGCGAAGCAGGCUUUUGCUCAUGUAUCCAAGUUGCUGUCACAGUGUAAAUUUGAUCUGUUGGAAGAACUUGUGGCCCAAGAGGUGCUACAUGUAUUGAAACAAAAGGUUACUUCACUACCUGACAACCAUAAAAAUGCCCUUGCUGCUAACAUAGACGAAAUUGUAUAUACAUCAACAGGAGACAUCUCCAUUUACUAUGAUGAGAAAGGAAGGAAGUUUGUUAACAUCCUGAUGUGCUUUUGGUAUCUAACCAGUGCCAACAUCCCUAGUGAAACCUUAAGAGGAGCCAGUUUAUUCCAGGUUAAGUUGGGGAAUCAGAAUGUGGAAACUAAACAACUUCUUAAUGCAAGCUAUGAGUUUCAGAGGGAAUUUACACAAGGAGUAAAGCCUGACUGGACCAUUGCACGGAUUGAACACUCAAAAUUAUUAGAAUAAUUUUCUUGGAAAAAUCAGCUUAUGGACUUUAGCAGUUGCCGUGAAAAACUAAGGAAGAAAAUUUUUGGAUCAUAUGACCUUCACUUAAUCUAAAUGUGUGAAUUACUUUUAUAUUAUUUUGAAAUACUUCUUGCAGUAUGUUGGCAUGAUACAGUAAAAGCAUUUUCCACA